AUGUCCGUCGAGUGGUUGCGGCGGCUGCGUCGGGGCGGCCCCACGGAACGGCCCGGAGGUGCUCAGGAAUCGGCACCGCGCUCCCCCCAGCCCGCCCCGCCGCAGUACCGCCGGCCCAAGUUCCUCCGAGACGAAGAGGAGAAUCCGAGGGACGUCAGGACCGUGCGGGGCACCGGGCCGGAGCGGCCGCUGCCUUGGGGUUCGGGCUAUGCCGAGGUUAUCAAUGCUGAGAAGUCAGAGUUCAACGAGGACCAGGCGACGUGCUGCCAGAUCUCCGUGCGCAGGAAGGAGCCAGGCCUGGAGGAGGACCAGGAGUGGCUGAUCCUGUGCUCCACGCAGUUUUUGACUGGUUACUACUGGGCACUCUUCGAUGGCCACGGUGGCCCAGAAGCUGCCAUCAUUGCCUCCAACUACCUGCACUACUGCAUCAAGCAGAAGCUGGAGGAGGUUGCGGGGGCCAUCGUGGAGCCCCAUCCCCCCAUGCACUUGAGCGGGCGCUGUGUUUGUGACAGUGACCCCCAGUUCGUGGAGGAGAAGCACAUCCACAUAGAAGAUGUGGUGGUGGGAGCCCUAGAGAAUGCCUUCCAGGAAUGCGAUGAAGUGAUUGGCCAGGAGAUGGAAGCCACCAGCCAGACAGGAGGCUGCACUGCUCUGGCUGCCCUUUAUUUCCAGGGAAAGCUGUAUGUGGCAAACGCUGGGGACAGCAGGGCCAUUCUUGUUCUGAAGGACACCAUUGUGCCCAUGAGCUCUGAGUUCACACCCGAGACAGAGAGGCAGCGACUCCAGCACUUGGCUUUUCUCUUCCCCAAACUCCUGGAUGGAGAGUUCACGCGCUUCGAGUUUCCGCGGAGACUGAAGGGAGAUGACGUGGGCCAGAAAGUCCUGUACAGGGAUUACUUCAUGGAGGGCUGGGGAUACAAGCUGGUGGAGAAAGCUGACCUCAAGUAUCCUCUUGUCCACGGUCACGGGAAGCAGGCUCGUUUGCUGGGGACUCUGUCUGUCUCUCGAGGUUUAGGAGAUCAUCAGCUCAAAGUCAUCGACACCAACAUUGAAGUCAAACCUUUCCUCUCCUGCAUUCCAAAGGUGAAUGUAUUUGACUUUGCUCUGCAUGACAUUAAGGAAGAUGAUGUCCUCAUCAUGGCAACUGAUGGCCUUUGGGAUGUUUUGAGCAACGAAGAUGUGGCUCACAUGGCCAGGAGCUUCCUUGCAGAAAACAGGACAAAUCCCCACAGAUUUUCAGAACUGGCCAAGAGCUUGGUGUGCAGAGCAAGGGGAAAGAAGAGGGGCCACCAGUGGAUGCUGGAUGAUAACCAGGAGGCAUCCUAUGAUGACAUCUCCGUGUUUGUCAUCCCACUACACAGCAGGGUUGAGGACUGUUAGCAUGACAGGCAGCAUCUCAGUGCCCCCCUACUGUGGUGCUGUUGGGCAUCAGCACAGGACUGAGGGAUUUCUGCCAGUCAUGCACCCUCCUCCAGCAACACCACCUGAUGCAGAACCUGAGAACGCAGAGCCAGCACUUAUGCAAGAAGAUCAACAACAUGCAAGUGGGCAACAAAUCAUCCCUCUUACUGCAUUUACUUUGCCGUGCCAAUGGGAAACUGCAGAAGCAGCCGCAGGAGCCGAAGACCACUGCUGAUUAAGAUUUAAGGACAGUGAACCUCAAAGCCCCAUCUCUAGCAACCCUUCUUUUUAAUAUUAAAGAAUGAAGAUCAAGUGAGGUCCAUCCAAUCUUGAGGACUGGAUUUUAAUCAGACUCAAACUGAACAUAUAAGCUACAGGUGUCCCUCGUAUCCAUUUGCUCCAUCAGCUGAAGAACUGGGAACUGCUGCAAUGACCAACAGUGGUGGCCCACACCUCUUCCAGCUGAGAUGGAGUCUCCACUGGAGUGGUGGAUACCUGAAGAGCAUUUCUGCUACACGUGAUGUAGUUACUGUACAGCUCUCUAACAAAGUUUAGAUCAGAGUGCUCACUAACACUUUGGGGGUCACUCUGACUACUGGCAGCGAGGCUGGUUUUGUAGCAGUGCUGAUGAGAGCUGAAGUGUGUAAGGAAAUGCAUCAGCUGAUUUCCUAGAAGAGCUCCAAGUAGAAUAGAACCGGUUGUUCCAUGUAGCUGGGCGCCGGUGCACGAGCGGUACGCUCACUGCAACAGAAGAUGCCAGGAUCAUCUGAGCCUUUAAAGCAGAUCUCUGAGGUUUUGAGCUGUUCAUUAGACAGGUAAGUUCAGGUCUGGACAAGCUUCCCAUUUCCUUCCUUUUGUGUUCGUUGUUCCUCACACAAGUUUGCCACAUGACUCAGUGAAGCGGACAAACCCCGUUGUCUUUUGUGAACUGCUCGAGUUUUGUAAGGAUGAGUCCUAAUAAAAAAUUUCUGUGUACCUUC